UCUCUUCCUCUCUCUCCACUCAGAGCUCAUCAGCAGAAGCAAUACUUGCAAAGUGAGCGCUUCCUCUUCCUCCUGCUUUAUUUCUAACGAAGCUGUGAGGUGCUAUAUGAAAGCAACUGUGCAUUUCAUCUCAGCACACAUUGGAUAAUCUACUGAACGUCUGAGCUGUGACGCUGAAAACGAAAGACAAUGAGCAGACCCUUCUAUUUGGAGGCAGAUGACGGCACAGAUGAGGAGAGGGCAAAGGCCAAAGCGGCGAGGAAGGCAUAUGGGAAGGGCUGUCCAGAGAGGGCCAGGGGGCCAAUGGACACGGACUUCCUAGAGGACCAUGGGGAGAUCGCCUGCCAAGUCAGAUUUAAUUUGAACUUCGAUAAAAAAAUACGAGGGAUAAAAGAAGACCCAUCCCAGAAGGAAAAGGAGAGGUUCGACAUCAAGAGGCUGUUUGAGGCUGUGUCCAGCGGUGAUGUAUCUAAGCUAGAAGGCCUGCAUGAGUACCUGUGCAAGACGAGCAAAAAACUAACAGACACCUCAUAUCGACCCAGUGGUAAGACCGCUCUGCUGAAGGCUCUGUUAAACCUGAAAAAUGGAGAGAAUGAAACAGUGGAGUACUUGCUGGACAUUGCUGAGAAAAUGGACCAUCUGGAGGAGUUAGUGAAUGCAGCAUAUACAGACUGCUACUACAGAGGGCAGACAGCUCUACAUGUAGCCAUUGAGAGGAGGAGUAAGCGUUUUGCUGAGUUACUCAUUCAGAAAGGGGCUAACGUCCAUGCAAAGGCCUGUGGGAGCUUCUUUCAGCCUCGUGACGGAACAUGUUUUUACUUUGGGGAGCUUCCUCUGUCUUUGGCUGCCUGUACCAAUCAGAAGGAGAUGGUGGACCUGCUGAUGAACAACAAUGCAGACGCGAGGCAGAGAGAUUCUCAGGGCAACACUGUGCUUCAUGCCCUCGUGAUGGUGGCCGAUAACAGCCCUGAGAACACAGACUUUGUCACCUCCAUGUAUGACUACAUCCUUAUCAAAGCUCACAUGAAUCCAAAACAGAAGAAGCUGGAGGACUUUGAAAACAAUCAGGGGUUCACUCCCAUCAAGCUCGCUGCAAAGACAGGAAAGAUUGGGCUGUUUGAACACAUCCUGCAUCGUGAGUUCCAGCAGGAACAGUGCAGGCACCUGUCCCGAAAGUUCACAGAAUGGGCGUACGGUCCUGUUUAUGCCUCCCUCUACGACCUGGCCUCCGUCGACACCUACGACAACAACUCUGUCCUGGAGAUAGUCGUAUACAGCACAGAGAUGCCUAAUCGUCUUGAGAUGCUCCAGAUUGAACCUCUCAAUAACCUGCUGGAAGACAAAUGGAACAGAUUUGCACAUCGGAUAUUCUUAUUUAAUUUUAUCUGUUAUCUCAUAUACCUCGGCAUCUUCACAGCCAUUUGUUGUCACCAUAAAGAUGAUGAGGACCUUUUUCCAUUGAAGACCACCAAAGGCUACCUGUACCUUGCAGCUGGGCUCUUUGUACUUGCUGCAUCGAUAUAUUUCUUCAUUAAAGGGCUGAUGGACAUGAAGAGAAAACCUCCAAGACUGCGAACACUGCUGAUAGAUGGUUAUUCUGACCUGCUCUUUUUCUUUCAGGCAGUGUGCUUCCUGCUCUGUGUGGGGCUGUAUGUGUCUAAGAAGAAGGAGUAUCUGGCUUUUCUGGUUGUCUGUCUGGCCCUGAGCUGGAUCAAUCUUCUCUACUUCUCCAGAGGAUCCCAGCACAUGGGCAUCUACAGCGUUAUGAUCCAGAGGAUGAUCCUUGGUGACAUCCUGCGCUUCCUCUUUGUCUACUUUGUCUUUCUCAUUGGGUUUUCAGCAGCUGUGAUGACGCUGCUUUAUGAGACGCCAAACCAGAACAACCAGACAGCCCCUGGCCGCGGGCGCUCGUUAUUCAAAGACUCGUCAGAAGACUGCACAAAGCCCACCUUCAAAAACAUCUAUUUCACCACUCUGGAGCUGUUUAAGUUCACCAUCGGCAUGGGAGAUCUGGAGUUCACCGAGCAGUAUCAGUACAAGCAUGUGUUUUAUGUGCUGCUUAUUUCAUAUAUAGUACUCACAUACAUCCUGCUGCUGAACAUGCUGAUCGCCAUGAUGAGCAAGAGGGUGGAGAAGAUGUCCGAGGAGACCACCAACAUCUGGAAACUGCAGCGUGCCAUCACCACCUUAGAUCUGGAGAGAAGUCUUGGUCGGUGCCUGAGAACAAAACUGCGCUCAGGAGUGGAUAAAGACCUGGGCAAGAAAGAGAAGGACGUGCGGCGGUGCCUCAGAGUGGAAGAAGUCAACUGGAACAAAUGGAACCGCAACCUUGGCAUCAUCAGCGAGGAUCCUGGAGACUUCAUAAGAUCCCCACCAGCUCCCAGACCUCAGAGAGGGCAGAGCUGGCGUGGGUUCUUGCGGGACUUCAGCCGACGGACGCCCAACACCCUCGCCCCUCCGGAAGAGCAGGAGAUGAGACCUCUGACGUCGGUUUAACAGAGCAGUGUGUCUCUUCCAGACACCACCGCAGGAGGGCAGGCCAGGGUGUUUCAGGGUAGAGAUCUGAUUGGAGAGUCUGAAAGAAGGGUCCCCGACCUUACUUUACAGCAACUAGCACUGCUAUCUUCUGUUGUUACAAGCUGUUGUUUUGGUGCUAUAUAGAACCCUUUUUUAAAAAAGGUUCUAUAUAUAACCAUAUACAUCACAUUCUCCAUCCAAGAACCAUUUCACCAUACAGAGAACCCCUUAAGCAUGCAAAUGAUUCUUUGUGUUCAUGGUUCUCUAUAGAACCAUUGUCUUUACUAAAAAACCCUUGAGGAACCAUCUUUUUUUGGAGUGUAGCUCCAACCUUACCUCUCUAUUCUGUACACUUCCAGCAAGAAGGGUAACCAGAUUCAGCACAGGUGCUCAAGGGCCACCUGGCAAUGGAAACAAUGACAAAAUGUGUGAUCAUGGAUUUGUAACUGCACCACGCCGUACCACACUGUCCAGUGGAAAAGCCCUACAAGGCUCAUUUGUUCCUAAAGGAAAAGUCAUAUUCUGUAUAGUUUCUCCUAGACGUGUUAAGCUCUAUCUAAGAAAUAACACGCUUUGAUCAAAACAUUGGCUUACAGAUGACAACAGUUUUACUUACAUUAGAAGUAACAGUUACAGUACUGCGCAAAAGUCAGAGACCACCUUUCACUUAUUUCAUGUACAGUCAAAACGGCCAUAAAGUACAAGCCAUAUAUAUUUCAGGGGAUAUUUCUGAGAUUAGACAUAAGAUGAUACACUCACAGAAGGAAGUUAAAGAAAGAACUGGGAAAAAACAGGAUCUUCCAAAACUAAUCUUUCUAAAAAAUCCUUUAAAUGUAUAUAGAAAAGACUGAAAGUUGUGUUCAAGACCUGGUAGACCCCCAAAACUGUCCCUAUAAAAACAGAUAAAACAGUCAUUAAAGCUUUCAUCUUUGAGAGAGAGGAGAAAAUCAAGCUCAUCAGAAAGAAAAUCUUUCUCCAUCCUUCCACUGUGAGAAGAUAACUCAACAUCUUUCAAAGGAUCAAGGAUCUUUCGAAAUUGGGGUCUAAAAAAUCCUUUAAAUGUAUAUAGAAAAGACUGAAAGAUUUGUUCAAGACCUGGUGGAGCGGAAAAACAUCCCUGCAGAUGGAAACUGUAAUAAAGAGCAGGGUGUUCACGCGAGUAUUCACCACUAUUAAAGGAGGCACUGCUUUCGCACAAGUCGCGCAGCCAUGCCGUACAUAAGCGAAGCUUUUGUCUGUCUAACAACUUGUUCUCUAACCAGCUCACCUCUCUCUCUUUCUCUCUCUCUCUCUCUCUCUCUCCACACACCCCCAGGAUGGUUCCAAGCCCCACUUCUCCAUAGGAAAAUUAACAAAGUGCAAUAAAUGCAGGAGAACAUGUAACCUAACUUGAACACGAUGCAGUGUAUUUAGUUGUUGAGGCUUCUGUGUAAUUUUAAAACAUUUUAACACUGCUCUUAUAUUUUAAGAGCGUUUUAACUUUUGAAGUUAUGGGAGUUUAAAACGGCGCCUCUACGUGAGCGCAAACAGCCAAUGAGCUGCUCUGCUCACCAACCAAUCAGCACUCUGUAGCAGUACUGCUAGAAUGUUGCAGCCCAAAACCCAUUUGCUGUAGAAAAAAAGGAAAUAUACAGGUAAUUUUUGUCUGCUUUUUUAG